UGCAGGCUGUGCACGGUGAUGACAAGGGCGGGGAAUCAUUGCAGGUGAUUGUAGGUGUGGAAGUGCAAGUCUGACCAGCUCACACAAGAGCGAGAUUGCUUUCUGCUCAGACAAAUCUGAGUCCAAAGGAAAGACAGACGUGUGUCAGACAUUGCAGAGCGUGAUGGAAGUAGAUCUAAAGGGACUUUGUACACUCUGAGGACUCUAAAGCAAGCUCAUUCAACGCAAAAUAGAAAAUAAUGACGGAAGAACAGAGAAGGAGGACAUUGGUUCUGCAGGGUGAUAAGAGUAAAUGGAUUACUCCAUCUUGUCUUACAGAGCUCCUCCAGCUAAAAUCACUCUAUCCCAUUGCUCCCCUGGUGGUCGGGAAUACUUUUAUUGGACCCCCUGUCAAUCUAACUGGAUCAUUUUACCCAAUUAUCAUCUCCCCAGCCAGAGUCCCAGAGCUCAGUAUUGUAAAUUUUGCUGAAAAGGGUAUCACUAUUGGAGCUGCUUGCAGCCUGGCCCUUGUACGAUCCUUCCUUUGUGAAGCCGUGUCUCAGCUACCAGCAGAGAAAAGUAAGAUCUUCCAUGUCAUUCUCCAGCAGCUGGCAGGACCACACAUACGAAGUGAAGCUUCCCUCGGAGGGAGCAUUCUUAGUGGAAGUUCUACUUGGGACCUGAAUCCUAUUCUGGCUGUUGGGAACUGCACAUUCAACCUUGCUUCCGAAGAGAGGAAACGCCAGGUUACUUUGAGACAAUUAGUGUUUGAUGAAACUGGCGCAUCAGCUUUGAGGCCGGAAGAAAUUCUAAUCUCGAUCAAUGUGCCUUUCUCCAAGAAGUGGGAAUUUGCCUCAGCAUUCAGACAGGUGCAGAGAUGGGGAAGUACAGCACCUGCCGACGUUGCUGCAAUGAGAGUCUUGCUGAAAGAAGAUUCGGACCUCAUCAUGUCUAUGAACAUUUAUUAUGGGGGCUCUGAAUCAGCUUGUAUGUUUGCAAAGUACGUCAGUGAAAUGCUUGUUGGCAGACGAUGGGGUGAGGCAAUGCUGGAUGAAGCUUGUAAAUUAUUCUUAGAAGAGAUCCCUCUACAGGAAUCAGCCUUUUUUGGCAUGGUGGAGUAUGAGCGAACACUGGCGAUCAGCUUCCUCUUUCAGUUCUACCUCCAGGUGUCUAAAGAAUUAAAGACGGCCAUGAAUUUUCCACACUAUGACGAAACUGACACAACAACUUUCAACAAAUCAGUUACCGAAUUCGAACCGAAAACUUCCAAUGGCUUUUACACUAACAAUGCUGACCAUACGAAUCAUCUGUAUGAAGAUGAAGAACCAGUAAAUUUCCAGCCUCAUGUUCUGCAAACCAUCACGGAGGAGGAAUUUGAUGGUGAAGAUACGUCUGCUGUGGAUGGAGAACUAUUUUUGACUUUAGUUACAAGCAACAGACAUCAUGCUAAAAUCAUAUCCAUUACUACAGAAGAUGCAUUAAAAGUUCCAGGAGUGGUUGAUGUGAUAACUUCUGCUGAUGUUUCUGGAAUAAGCAACUCAAAUUUAUUUGCAGGGAAUGAGGUAACCUACAUCGGACAGGCAAUAUGUGCCGUGGUAGCAAACACUCAGGACCAUGCUAAUAUGGGAGCUCAACGAGUUCGAGUAGAAUACGAAGAUCUGGAACCUGUUAUACUUUCUGUUCAGGAUUCCAUAAAACACAAUUCCUUCUUUGAACCACUUAGAAAAUUAGAGUAUGGGAACACAGAUGAAGCUUUUGGUAGUGUGCAUUAUAUUCUAGAAGGUGAGGAUUAUAUAGAAGGACAGAAUAAUCUUCAGCAUUCCCAGACUGUGCGGGUCAUACCUAGAAUAGAAGAAAAUGAAAUAGAGGUGUUUAUAUCAACUCAGGAUCCAGCAUCAAUACAGGCUGCGGUGGCAUCCGCUUUAAACAUCCCCUCUGAUUUCAUCCUUUGUUGUGUGGAGAAAAGGCAGUACACAGACCUCUCACACACGGCCUCUCAAGCUGCUAUCACUGCUGUGGCUGCUCACAAGACCGGUCAAGCAGUUACCUCUGUUGUUCAACAUAGGGAAAAAUCACUUAUCCUAAGGCAUCAACCUCCAUUCUUUGGAAAGUACAAGGUUGGGUAUAUGGAUGAUGGGAGGAUUGUAGCAAUAGACGUGACAUAUUAUUGUAAUGCUGGACAUAGACCUGAUGAAUCCUUUCAGGUGCUUACCACAUGUUUACUGAGUGUACAAAAUGCUUAUAAUAUUCCUAAUAGCAGAUGUACUGUUGUUCCAUGCAAAACAAAUCUCCCAUCCAAGAAAUUCUACUCUGGAUAUGGAUUUGCACUGGCAGCAAUGUUAACAGAGAUUUGGAUUGAUACAGUAGCAGACAGAUGUGGAGUGCCACAUGAAAAGGUCCGACAAUUAAAUUUGCAUAAGGAACAUAGUGAGACGCCUUUUAAAGGAGAGUUUGAUGCAAUCAGUAUAUUGGACUGCUGGAAUGAGUGCUUGCAGAAGUCAUCUUACCAUCAGAGGAGAGCUGCAGCAGUGGAAAUUAACAAAGAGUAUACAUGGAAGAAAAGAGGUUUCUCGGUUAUUCCUGUCAUGUUUCCUGCUGGACUCAUCACCAACUUCUUUAGUCAGGCUUCUGUACUAGUUCAUAUAUGUGCAGAUGGAUGGGUGCUGGUGACACCUUCUGGAAGUGACUUGACAGAAGAAACAUUGACCAAAAUAAUGCAGGUUGUGAGUAGAGAGUUCCGAGUCUCAAUGUCUUGCAUCCGCAUCGGUGAAAACAGUGUAUCCUUAGCAACAGAAAAAGAUGUCCAACUGUCACCAUAUAAUGUUCAAGUUCACCUAAUAGCAGUACAGGAAGCAUGUCACACCCUUCUGAAGCGUCUGCAACCAAUCAUCUGUCUUUAUCCAAAUGCCACUUGGAAUGAAUGUGUCCAAGAAGCUUUCCGGGUCAAAAUUUGUCUCUCAGCAACUGCUCACUACAGGACCCCUGACCAAGUUUCUGAUUGGGAACUGAAGACAGGUACACAAAGUCCAGAUUUUAUAUUUGGAGCAGCAUGCUCUGAAGUGGAGUUAGAUUGCCGUACAGGAAACCACAAGAAUCUAAGAACUGAUGUAGUGAUUGAUGUUGGAUCCACUAUGAAUGAGGCUGGAGUUACUGAACAGGUCAAAAAUGCAAUAAACCGAGGACUUGGGAUUUACAUAAAUGAAGAUUUGAAGUAUGUGAUGCCAUCAUCUCCCACUAAUGGAGAACAGACCAACCAAGCAGCUGCUGUGAGCAGUAAAUAUAUGCCUGAACAGCUCAACGUCUCUCUACUACCGUCAUCUCCCAACCCAAAUGUCAAAUGUUCUCCCAAGGCUCUAGAAGAUCUGUCACUCUUUCUCGGCUCGUCUGUGUUCUUCGCCAUAAAGGAUGCUAUACUGGCUGCCCGAAAACACAUUGGCCUACCUGGAACUAUUUUACUUCCCAUCCCUGCCAGGCCUCAACAUAUCCGGAUGGCGUGCGGCAAUCACCUUAUAGAAUCACAACAGAUGGCAAACACGCAAGAAUCGACUGUUCACACAGCAGAAACUUGAUGUCCAAUAUUAAUUCACUAGAGUAGCAAUUAGCAUUGAAGGGCUCACUAAGAGACACUUACAAAUCAACAGACCUCAAAAGGUGCUGUAGCUGAUGGAAAUAUACAGUAUACGAGAAAAUACUUUAGUACAGGAAGGGUGGGGAUUCAGAGAUUAAUAUUUUGAUGGAAAUGCAAAAAUCGAAUGCUGGCAAAUUUUGUAAGAAGAUUGUAAAUUGUAAAUGUCACUCGCACAAAAUGGUGAAAGAACGGACUAAGUGAAAAUGCAGAAUAAAACUUGUAUGCAUGUGG